GCAAAACCAAAGAGAAACAGACAGAAAACGAAUCAAUAUUAUUAGCUAUCGAGCUCAUGGCUUCAUCCCCAGAUGAAGAAUAUCCAAAUAUUGUGCAAAAAUCACUCGACUCAACUACGCCAUGGAUAGGCAUGUAUAUUGCAGCAGCUUCUGCUGUUUGCACCCUUGCAAUGGCGGUUGAUGCUUUCAUUGGCUUCCGAAGAAAAAAGUAUUGGAUCCCAUGUAAGUAUUUCUCUCUCAACGCUUUCUCCCUCACGUUAUUAGCAGUAGCCAUGAAACUGCCUUUGGAUCUUACAACCUUGGAAAAAUCCUCCGGUGAUAUUAUCGCAAGGAUGAGCAGCCUCGUUUUGAUGUCUUGUUGCAUGAGUAAUUUCAUGACAUCUUUGGGUGCCAUGGAGAGUACUGAAAUUGUACUAAACAUGGCAGCUUUAGGCAUUCUAGUCCUCACUAUUGCGGGAAAUGUAUGCAUUCAUCUUGUUCAGAUGCGUAGCUUUCCAUUAAUAUUAUAUGUCUUGUUGUCUCAACACGUCAUAUCUGCAGUCAUCAUGCUCAUUUUCCUCGCGAUGUUAUGUUCUGUGUCGUUAUUAGUUCCGGGAGCCAAAAGAUACAUAGGUUUAAAGUAUAAUGAAAUGCACAAAUCAGUUUCAAAGAGACAAGUAGAGUGGGGAAGAUUUAGUAGCGACGAACUUGAAAAUAUGGUGAAAGGGUAUUGGGUGAUGACUCAAACUAGCAGUCCCCAAUUUGUUCUGGCAAGGUCUGCCAUUUCUUCCAUUUCAGGACUCUUGUGUCUUUUCACAGGAGUAAGUACCAUCCCCCUUCCGUUUGUUCUUGCAAGGUUUCCAAUAAAAGGAUUCACUUUGGAUGACAACGGAACCAAAAAUAGCACCAUCAUUUCUUUAGUGUUCCAUGUAUCGGACUAUGGCUGGUCUGUCGAUUGUAUUUCAGUCAUUCAGAUUACUGGAGUGGCAAUGGGAACUAUUGCUCCUCUGUUGAGAUGGCUUGCUGCUUCGUGGUUCAAGAUUUGUGAGAUAGAACGAAAGAGCUUCAGAGAUGAAGUCAAGGUUGACAAGUACUGGACUUGGAGGCUGGUAGAGUGGAGAGACGGGUCACUUCCUUUUCAAGUUCAAAACCGAGUAUGCAAGAAGCUACUUCGGGAUGCAGUAAGGUUUCUUCUGAAUUUCUGCAUCGGGGUUCAGAUUCUCCUUGUUUCAGCUGCCAAACUAGUUCUGUUCCUCUCUGCUAGAUUCGGUAGUGCAGUUUUCUUGUGUUUCUGCAAGAAUAAAAGACCGGUUUUAGUGGGAGGAUCGGAAUUUGGGGAAGGAGCACAACUGGAUUUUAGGCAAUAUGUUAUUCUACUUGAAGGUGAGCCACAAUUGCCUUCUAAGAUCCUCAAGAACAUCUGCAGCGAGGCGGAUAAGCUGAUAAAAGUAGGCGAAAAAAAGCAGCCCAAGAAUCUGAUCCAACUUCUGAAGAUGUCUUCAAACUUUAAAGGGGUGGGACGAUUCGACUGCAUCCAAGUUCCAAGCUUGCAUUCUCAAGAACUUCCAAAUUGCUGGUCUCUGCCCGUCGUGACUUUGACAGCCAUUUCAGUUUCUCUUCUCAACAUUGAUGAGAAGGCUAACCAGUUAUUGGUUUGUAUUAGUGAGGUCUUGCCAAUCGUGAAACUUAUCGAGGAAACUCUAGAUAGAACUGGAGAGUUAGAAAGUAUCAGAAAAGCAACAGAUAUGGUUUGGGAAAAAGUUGACCUGUACAGAAAAUGGGAUGACGCAGAUUUGAAUAGCAUGAGAGUGAGAGGCGCAACGCACAAGGAAACACUGCAAAACCUAUCUAACAUUGCAGAAAAGGAUUGCUCAAACAAUCUUGGUAAGAUUGGGAGAUGGCGAGAAACUAGCUGAUGACGAGCUAUUUGAGAGCAUUUCCAUCACCAUCUCGGAUAUACUAGCAGGAUGCCUCGCCAAUCUAGUGCAGGUCAUAACAUUGAAGUGUCACACAAACGACAUCAAAGAAAGGGAAGAAAGUGUGAGGCAAGCAGCAAU